CGAGUGAAAUUUUUCUUUUUCUCACCAACGCCUCCCCGUAGAACAACCACAGGGCAUCAUGACGACCGUAGAAAAGAUCAAGGCCAUCGAGGAUGAGAUGGCCAAGACGCAGAAGAACAAGGCCACCUCGUUCCACUUGGGUCAGCUUAAGGCCAAGCUUGCCAAGCUCAGAAGAGAGCUUCUCACCGACUCCUCUGGAGGAGGAGGAGGUGGUGGAGCCGGGUUCGAUGUGGCCCGUACCGGUGUGGCCACCAUCGGGUUUGUUGGGUUCCCCUCGGUCGGGAAGUCAACAUUACUUUCCAAGUUGACCGGGACACACUCUGAGGCUGCUGCCUACGAGUUUACCACCUUGACCACAGUCCCAGGGACCAUCAAGUAUAAGGGGGCCAAGAUCCAAAUGCUUGAUCUCCCGGGGAUUAUUGAAGGGGCCAAGGACGGUAAGGGUCGUGGUAAGCAAGUCAUUGCCGUCGCACGGUCGGUCAACUUGUUGUUCCUUGUGCUUGACGUCAACAAGCCGCUCCAACACAAGAGAAUCAUUGAAUAUGAACUUGAAGGGAUGGGGAUCCGGAUCAACAAGCAGCCACCAAACAUCGUGAUCCAGAAGAAGGAAAGAGGAGGAAUCAACAUCACCAACACCGUGCCACUCACGCAUUUGGACAACGAUGAGAUCAGAGCCGUGAUGUCCGAGUACAAGAUCAAUUCCGCCAACAUUGCGUUCAGAUGUGACGCCAACGUCGACGACUUGAUUGACGCCAUCGAAGCCAAGGCCAGAAGAUACAUCCCGGCCAUCUAUGUGUUGAACAAGAUCGACUCGUUCUCCAUCCAAGAGCUCGAUCUCUUGUACAAGAUCCCAGAUGCCAUCCCAAUUUCGUCCGGGAACGGGUGGAACUUGGACGACUUGCUCGAGAUGAUGUGGAGCAAGUUGGAGCUUGUCCGGGUGUACACGAAGCCCAAGGGGAAGCUUCCGGACUUCAACGAGCCCGUGGUGUUGCGUAGUGACCGUUGUUCCGUCGAGGACUUCUGUAAUCUGAUCCACAAGUCGUUGGUGGACGAUUUCCGUAACGCCGUGGUUUUCGGCAAGUCCGUCAAGCAUCAGCCCCAGAUCGUUGGGUUGGCCCAUCCUUUGGAAGAUGAGGAUGUCAUCACCAUUUUGAAGAAGUAGACGAACGAACAAGAGAGAGAAGAGAGAGGUGUGUAGAAUAGAGAAUAUAGGACCAC